ACUAAAACCUGUAACCAAAGAAACAGAUUCUAGCGUCGUUCUCGGAUCCCUCCAUCCCAUUGCAGAGCAGAAUCUCUGUCAUUUUCCUGUCUCACUGCUUUUUUUUCACCUUCAGAUCCAUUUCUUCCCGAAUUAAACCCUAAUUCCAUCUCAUUUCUCAGGGAUUUCCAGUUGCAUUGAAUGAAGUUGGUUUGAAAAUUCUUUAAAAGAAGAGAGAUUAAACUUGAAUCCAGUUUUCUUCUCUCUGUGUGAAAAUGGGGGCUGGAUCGAAAUCAAAAGGAUGGUGUUGCUGGAUAGUAGUGAUAUUAAUUGCAGCACUUGUUGUUACAGCAGCAGUGAUUACAAUUAGAAAGAAAGCUCAUAAGGAUAAACCAUCACCAGUUCCAGGUCCACCAGGAUCUAUUCAGAAGAAAUAUUCAGAUGCUCUUGGUAUUGCCAUGCAAUUCUUCGACAUUCAGAAAUCUGGUAAAUUGGAAAAUAAUAAGAUAACUUGGAGAGGAGAUUCCGCUCUAAAAGAUGGAAGUGAUGUGAAAGCGGAUCUAUCGAAAGGAAUGUAUGAUGCAGGGGAUCAUAUGAAAUUUGGGUUUCCAAUGGCUUUCACUGCUACAGUAUUAUCUUGGGCAAUCCUUGAAUAUGGGGAUCAGAUGGAUGCAGUGGGUCAGUUGGAACCUGCUCAAGGUUCACUCAAGUGGAUUACGGAUUAUCUUGUCAAUGCACAUCCAUCCCCAAAUGUGCUUUAUGUUCAGGUGGGCGAUCCGAACGUUGACCACAAAUGUUGGCAGAGACCGGAAGACAUGACCGGAGAGAGGCCUGUAGCAAAGGUGGACGAAAAAUCUCCAGGAUCAGAUGUUGCAGGAGAAAUAGCAGCUGCUCUUGCAGCAGCUUCUUUGGUAUUCAAACAAGGAGAUGCCACAUAUUCUGCUACCCUCCUUAAGCAUGCUCGCCAGUUAUUUACUUUCGCUGAUACUCACAGAGGUUUAUACAGUGAGAGUCUACCCGAUGUCCAGACAUACUACAAUUCUACUGGUUAUGGAGAUGAGCUCUUGUGGGCAGCCACAUGGCUCUACCACGCAACAACUGACAAGACAUACCUUGACUAUGUGACGGCGGAAAAUGGAAAAAAUUAUGCUAGGUGGGGAAAACCAUCGUGGUUUAGUUGGGAUGACAAACAUGCUGGAACUCAGGUCCUGUUAUCAAGGGUAAACAUCUUCGGCGCACAUGGUUUAUCAAGUUCUAAUAACCAAGGGCUCCAGAUGUACAGAAAAACUGCGGAGGCUGUUAUGUGUGGUCUAAUACCUGAUUCUCCAACAGCCACAAAAAGCAGAACUGAUAGUGGGCUGACAUGGGUUAGUGAGUGGAAUGCUCUUCAGCAGCCUGUUGCUGCUGGGUUUCUGGCUGUUCUUUACAGUGACUACAUGCUUACGUCCCAGAUAGCAAGCUUUGAUUGCAGUGGAAAUUCGUACACACCUGAAGACCUCCGUAACUUUGCCUUGUCUCAGGCUGACUAUGUAUUGGGAAAGAAUCCAAUGAGGAUGAGCUACCUUGUUGGUUACGGUAGUAAGUACCCACAAUUUGUACACCACAGAGGAGCUUCGAUUCCAGCUGAUGCAGAUGCAGGUUGUGAAGAUGGGUUCCAAUUUCUGAACUCGACCAAACCUAAUCCAAAUGUGGCGACUGGAGCCCUGGUUGGUGGACCUUUUUUGAAUGAAACAUACAUCGACUCCAGGAAUAACUCCAUGCAGGGAGAACCUAGCACUUAUAACAGUGCCCUUAUUGUUGGUCUCCUCUCUGGUUUGGUGGCAACCUCCUCAGUGACCUCAUCUUUGACCUCAUAAGAAAAUUAGCAGUGUUGUUUCCUAUGUAGUAUAAUUGAUUGAUUGAUUCAUAUCCUUUUGUAUUAUAUGUGUAAAAGAGGUAUAUCUUAGGCACAUUACGCUGUACUUUAGUAGCUACCGAUUGUGCAAAUUAUAUUUGACGUCUAUCUCGAAACCUUGCCAUUACUGCUGUAAAUCGUUCUACACUUUUGAGUCCAUUUUUGUCCACAUUGAUCAA